GCGGGUUGCCGGCCUAACUGCCAGAGCGUAGGGGGCGGGGCGGGGCCUGCCAGCUGGCGGGUCGCGGGAACCGGAGUCGACCCAGUGGCGGAGGCUGUCUGUCCACGCUGUCGCAGGAGGCCCUGGGUCAGGAUCUGGCCCUUAGAGGUCGUCUCCGCCGCCCAACGCGGAGAACCUGGUGUAAAGUCAGGUGGUCUGUUGGGCUAAGAAAUCGUGGGGAGUAAGACGCGUGCCUCCAGGUGCCUAUUAAUGCCUGGUCUAUAUUUUGGGAUAUCGCUACUCCAAAACCUCUUUUGUUUGGGAGAUGACUAGGAUAGGCCAAACAGUGCGGCCGCCACAGUGGCGUUUGGAGAAGGGAGUCUGUCUGGCCAGCAGGCUGUGGGCUGUGGGAUGUCCGCCCACAGGGCCAGGGGUGCCUGCGUUGUUUGUUGGGUCUCUCGUAAUCCCCUCGUGGUUGCUUCCUCACUCCUCCGGUGAGAAGUAUAGACACACCUUUUUUGGAGGCCGCUUCUCUCGGGGGCGGGGGUUCACCUUUCGAGAAUAGUUGCCCCACGUUUAAAUAAGGAGCCGUGCGUCUUUACCUUCCAUUCCACGCCACCGGUUAUCUGGUAGGAGAUACAGGGUCUCAUUGAGAAUUAGUGACUUCGCUACACCAUCCUGGCGCGCAGCGAGGCCUUGUUGCUCAGGAGGGACCACUUUAAGGGACACGAGGAAAUCCUCAGUGCUGAGCAGGUCUCCUCAGCAGAUGGCUUGAUUAGCAGUUCUGAGCUAUCAGAUUGGAUGGAAAAAAGUGAUGGAACAUGACCUGCCAUCAGGACCCUUGUGAAUCAAACACAGCCCAAGCCAGGAAGAUGAGAGACUGCUUUGGCACCAGCACUAGUACCAUGAGUCCCUGCACUGGUUAAAGCCAUCACCACGGCCUGGGCAGGCAGCAAGCUCCCGCUUCACUCACCACUACCAUCACCAAAACGACAACCUUGAGAGAUUGUAUACAGGGCUCUGUGUUUGCAGAGAGCAGAAAUGACCAUGACUGCCAACAAGAAUUCCAGUAUCACCCACGGAGCUGGAGGCACUAAGGCCCCUCGAGGGACCCUGAGCAGGUCUCAGUCAGUCUCUCCACCUCCAGUUCUCUCCCCACCGAGGAGUCCCAUCUACCCGCUCAGUGACAGUGAAACGUCAGCCUGCAGGUACCCAAGCCGCUGCAGUUCCCGGCUGCUCCUCAAGGACUGGCAUCCCCGUGAUCCUUCACCCCAAAAUCCUCAAGCCCCCUCCCCAGACACUUCACCACCCAUCUGUCCCCUCAAGGCCACCAGCUUCGGUUAUUUGGACAGAAGCCCUUCAGUGUGCAAGAUAGAGGAGCAGAAGGAGAAUGUCCAGGGGGCAGCCCAGGAUGUAGAGGGAGUAGCUGCUUGCCUCCCCCUCGCCCAGAGCACUCCGUCCCUGGGGUCAGCAGCAGGCCCACGGAGCAUCUUUCUGAACCGCACCGGCCCCCGUGCCCACAGCCUGGGCAUCCGGGAGAAGAUUUCAGCAUGGGAGGGUCGCCGAGAGGCUUCGCCCAGGAUGAGCGUUUGUGGAGAGAAGCGGGAGGGCUCUGGGGGCGAGUGGGUGGCCAGUGAGGGCUGCCCCAGUGUGGUGCCGUCCCCCUGCAGCUCAGAAAAGACCUUCGACUUCAAGGGCCUCCGGAGGAUGAGCAGGACCUUCUCCGAGUGUUCCUACCCUGAGACCGAGGAGGAGGGAGAGGCACUCCCCGUCCGGGACUCUUUCUACCGUCUGGAGAAACGGCCAGGCCGGAGUGAGCCCAGUGCCUUCCUCAGGGGGCACGGCAGCAGGAAGGAGAGCUCAGCGGUGCUGAGUCGGAUCCAGAAAAUUGAACAGGCCCUGAAGGAGCAGCCGGGUGGGGGGCUUCCCCAGCUCCCCAGCAGCUGCUACAGUGUAGACCGAGGGAGAAGGAAGACUGAGAUCUUGGGCACCUUGGAGGAACCGACAGGGAGCGCGAGUGUGAGCGCUGGCAGCCGGGCAGGAGGAGUGGCUGGAGUUGGGGGGGAGGUGGGCUCACCCCCGGAGAGGGAAGGUAGUGGCUCCACUAAGCCGGGGACCCCUGGAAAUAAUAGCCCGACCUCCCAGCUGCUGCCAUCGAAGAGCUCCCCUGAUCCCGCUGUGAACCCUGUCCCCAAACCCAAGCGCACCUUUGAAUAUGAGGCUGACAAGAACCCCAAGAGUAAGCCAAGCAAUGGUCUACCUCCUUCACCCACACCUGCUGCUCCACCCCCCCUGCCCUCCACCCCAGCCCCACCCGUCACCCGGAGACCCAAGAAGGACAUGCGUGGUCACCGCAAGUCCCAGAGCAGAAAAUCCUUUGAGUUUGAGGAUGCAUCCAGUCUCCAGUCCCUGUACCCCUCUUCUCCCACUGAGAAUGGUACUGAGAGCCAACCCAAGUUUGGAUCCAAAAGCACUUUAGAAGAGAAUGCCUAUGAAGAUAUUGUGGGAGAUCUGCCCAAGGAGAAUCCGUAUGAGGAUGUGGACUUAAAGAGCCGAAGAGCAGGACGAAAAUCCCAGCAACUGUCUGAGAACUCCUUGGACUCUUUGCACAGGAUGUGGAGUCCUCAGGACAGGAAGUACAACAACCCACCCGCUCAGCUCUCCCUGAAACCCGGCAGCCAGUCCCUACGCAGUGGGAACUGGUCAGAAAGGAAGAGCCACCGGCUGCCACGAUUACCCAAGAGGCACAGCCAUGACGACAUGCUGCUGCUGGCUCAGUUGAGCCUGCCAUCUUCACCCUCCAGCCUCAAUGAGGACAGCCUCAGCACCACGAGUGAACUGCUGUCCAGCCGCCGGGCCCGCCGCAUUCCCAAGCUUGUCCAAAGAAUUAACUCCAUCUACAAUGCCAAGCGGGGAAAGAAGAGGUUAAAAAAGCUGUCCAUGUCCAGCAUUGAGACAUCAUCACUGAGAGAUGAGAAUAGUGAGAGCGAGAGCGACUCCGACGACAGGUUCAAAGCCCACACGCAGCGCCUGGUCCACAUCCAGUCCAUGCUGAAGCGCGCACCCAGCUACCGGACCCUGGAGCUGGAGCUGCUCGAGUGGCAGGAACGGGAGCUGUUCGAGUGCUUCGUGGUGGUGUCGCUCAAGAGGAAGCCAUCCCGAAACACGUACCUCCCUGAGGUCUCCUACCAGUUUCCCAAGCUGGACCGACCCACCAAGCAGAUGCGGGAGGCAGAAGAGAGGCUCAAGGCCAUUCCCCAGUUUUGCUUCCCUGAUGCCAAGGACUGGCUUCCUGUGUCAGAGUACAGCAGUGAGACGUUCUCUUUCAUGCUGACUGGGGAGGAUGGCAGCAGACGCUUUGGCUACUGCAGGCGCUUACUACCAAGUGGGAAGGGGCCUCGGUUGCCAGAGGUGUACUGUGUCAUCAGCCGCCUUGGCUGCUUCGGCUUGUUUUCCAAGGUCCUAGAUGAGGUGGAGCGCCGGCGUGGGAUCUCCGCCGCUUUGGUCUAUCCCUUCAUGAGAAGUCUCAUGGAAUCACCCUUCCCUGCCCCAGGGAAGACCAUCAAAGUGAAGACAUUCCUGCCGGGGGCUGGCAAUGAGGUGUUAGAGCUGCGGCGGCCCAUGGAUUCCCGGCUGGAGCAUGUGGACUUCGAGUGCCUUUUUACCUGCCUCAGUGUGCGCCAGCUUAUCCGAAUCUUUGCCUCACUGCUGCUGGAGCGCCGAGUCAUUUUUGUAGCAGAUAAGCUCAGUACCCUAUCCAGCUGCUCCCAUGCGGUGGUGGCCUUGCUCUACCCCUUCUCCUGGCAGCACACCUUCAUUCCUGUCCUCCCGGCCUCCAUGAUUGACAUCGUCUGCUGUCCCACCCCCUUCCUGGUUGGCCUGCUCUCCAGCUCCCUCCCCAAACUGAAGGAGCUGCCUGUGGAGGAGGCACUGAUGGUGAAUCUGGGGUCUGACCGAUUCAUCCGACAGAUGGAUGACGAGGACACGUUGUUACCUAGGAAGUUGCAGGCGGCUCUGGAGCAGGCUCUAGAGAGGAAGAAUGAACUGAUCUCCCAGGACUCUGACAGCGACUCCGAUGAUGAAUGUAAUACCCUCAAUGGGCUGGUGUCAGAGGUGUUUAUCCGGUUCUUUGUGGAGACUGUUGGGCACUACUCCCUCUUCCUGACCCAGAGUGAGAAGGGGGAGCGGGCCUUUCAGCGAGAGGCCUUCCGCAAGUCUGUGGCCUCCAAAAGCAUCCGCCGUUUUCUUGAAGUUUUUAUGGAGUCUCAGAUGUUUGCUGGCUUCAUCCAAGACAGGGAGCUAAGAAAGUGUCGGGCAAAGGGCCUCUUUGAGCAGCGAGUGGAGCAGUAUUUAGAGGAACUGCCAGACACUGAGCAGAGUGGAAUGAACAAGUUUCUCCGCGGUUUGGGCAACAAAAUGAAGUUCCUCCACAAGAAGAAUUAAGCCCCCUUUCCCAGUAACAGAGUCCAGUGCCUUGCAGAGCCUGGAGCCUGGGGAGGGGGCCCAGCCUUGGACCCUCUGGGCUGCUAUGGCUGCUCUGCCCCCACAGACCCCACCCUCCAAGCCAGCCCACCUCUGCCUUCACAAUAUCCCAGGAUACUGUUUGUAAAUAAUCUGCUGUAAGCUUUCUUAUCUGUUUCUGUAACGAGCAGAGAAUCCGGUAAAUAUUUGUGUAUUCCCAAGAGGCCGGGUGCUUUCCUGCCCUGCCCGAGCACGGAUGAAGUUUUGCUGGGUGCUGGCGACUGGCCAAUUAUGUGCAGCUGACUGUCUCAGCCGAACCACUGAUCUUCCCCUGGAGGCUCCUGGCCUGCCUGCCUAAGGCCCCUGCUGCCAGUCUCGGGCCCUGGAGAGCAGAUGCUGUCUUGUUAUGUACAGGACUAUUUUUUUUUAAUCUUAGAGUUUCUAUUUUUUUCUAGUAGUCCCCCUCCCCUAAUCCUCUGUUUCUGAAAAGCAAAGACCAAUCAACCCCCGUUUGCAGCAUGGUACCAGGCUCUUGGGCCUGGCCUUCUCCUAUUCCUCCCACCUUUGUGAUGGUCAGUGAGUCAUGGGAAGCCCACCCCCCAGCUCUGCUAGUGUUCUCUGGGCCCGGCUCCCACUCAGUGGUAGCCAUGAUGCGGUACAGGGCACCCCUCCUUCCCGUCAUCUACGGGUGUUCUCAAUAAACAGUGUAUAGUUGUUUGGGCCCAGA